GUGCUUUAUAUAUAUUUUUUUUAAUUGUGGAAAAUAAUGUCAAUUACACUCGAUUUCGAUGUUAAGCAACUGGCUAACAAGCGGCAACUGGAGCUACACUAUUUACCGGCGAAAAUCAAUGGCGAUGGCGAGUGCGCCAAUGUCGAUAAAUAUUUCAACAAUUAUACGCGCGAAGCGUCGGACUACGGAACAGGCGUGCUGACAAACGCUCUCCGGGGAUAUCCACUGCUGGGCAAGCGAGAGGCAGUUCCCAAGGGAUACAAAGGUGUCGUCCUGCAGGAGACGGAUCCACAUCAGGCACAACGCCAACUGCGGCUUACUGGCACUUUCGAGGAAUUCACAUAUUGGAAUUACGACAAAGUGCCCUCCAAAGGCGAUGGCUAUCAACAGGCAAUGACCAUGCUACAAGUAGCCGAGGCGUUGGCUGCACCCAUUGGCGAAGCGGAGCUGGAGGAGGAAUUGAAGAGACAGCAGCAGGCGAAGAAGGAGAAUCUUUAGGAGUUUAGAGUUGGU